AAGAAAUCGUAGGCGUUUCGCGCUUUGCGCCGAUUCUUUUUCCGUCAUCGCCUUUCUUUCCUUCCACGGUGAGCAGAGAAGCGGCGGAGCGUGGGAGAGAGCGGCGCCGCGCCACCAUUCUCGCGCGCGCUCCUCCCGUCACCACUACUUGUUCGCUUGUGUCCAUGGGCGUGGAAGACGCCGCGGGCGGCAAGAAUCUCGCGCUCGCCAGCAUCUGCUUCCCCGAAGUCCUCGCGGUGGGCGGCGGCGGCGGCGCGUUCCAGGGCGAUGGCCUGCUCGGGGUACGCCUCGCCAAGGACGACUACCUCUACGGGGAGACAGCCUUCGGUCUGCCGGACGUCGGCGCCGCAGUCAGGACUUUCCUAAGGCGUAGAGAAAUUGCAGAAUUUGUUAGCGGGGCAAUGGCUGGUGCUAUGACUAAAGCUGUUCUUGCUCCUCUAGAAACUAUCAGGACAAGAAUGAUUGUUGGGGUAGGGUCAAAACAGAUCUUUGGUAGUUUUGUGGAGAUCAUGGAGCACAAUGGCUGGCAAGGACUUUGGGCGGGUAACACGAUUAAUAUGAUCCACAUAAUUCCUACUCAAGCAAUCGAGCUUGGCACAUUCGAGUGUGUCAAACGGAGUAUGACAUCAGCACAGGAGAGAUGGAAAGAGGAUGGUUGCCCGAAGAUACAGCUCGGUGGUUUGAAAAUUGAGCUGCCUCUUCACUUACUAUCUCCAAUUGCCAUCGGCGGUGCAGCUGCUGGAAUAGUUAGCACUUUAGUGUGCCAUCCUCUUGAGGUUCUUAAGGAUCGUUUGACUAUUAACCGCGAGGCGUAUCCCAGUAUCGCCCUGGCCUUCAACAAGAUCUACCGAGCGAACGGCAUCGGCGGUCUCUAUGCCGGCCUCUGCCCAACACUAGUUGGCAUGCUCCCUUACAGCACAUGCUACUACUUCAUGUACGAGACGAUCAAGACUUCCUACUGCCGCACUCAUAAAAAGAAGUCUCUGAGCCGCCCUGAGCUGCUGGUCAUCGGAGCUCUUUCAGGUUUGACGGCAAGCACGAUCAGCUUCCCUCUGGAGGUGGCGAGGAAGCGGCUGAUGGUGGGAGCCCUGCAAGGGAAAUGCCCACCCAACAUGAUCGCGGCCUUAGCCGAGGUGAUGAAGGAGGAGGGACUCAAGGGGCUGUAUUGCGGGUGGGCGGCGAGCUCCCUGAAGGUCAUGCCCACGUCCGGCGUCACUUGGGUGUUCUACGAGGCCUGGAAGGACAUCCUUCUGUCUCCACAGCUCAUUACCUAGCUUGGUUUGUAUUGUCUGAGUCUGAGAUUGUUCAGCAGUCACUGCAACGAAUAAACUCAUUGUGCUGUGCGUGGAUUAGUUGCCGAUCUUUGGAACCACACACCUGCCAAUCAUCUUAGAUAAAGAGGGGCGAUCUCACUAACCUAGACUGUCUAAUUACCUGCUACUGUUUCAACAUAGUUUCUUGUGAAAUUCCCUCAGUAAUGGAAAAGCAAAAUAUCAUUCCCAGAAAUGUGGAUUGUGUCAA